AUGGCAUCUUCUGGGCCCCACGCAAACGGGACCCUCUCUAUUUCUCUGCCGAAUGAAGAGAAGGAUGAACACAACGCGGUUGUCGAGUCGCCAGUCAGCAUGACUGCAACGGCCAAGAGCGUUAGUGAGGGGAAUGGCUCUAUUGAAUCUUCGGGCUCGGACCAAGAAGAAGAUGAGGAGGAGGAUCAAAGCUCGGAUGGGAGUGAAGAGUCGGACGAUGAAGAUGAAGAACCUGCUCUGAAAUAUGAACGCAUUGGGGGCUCCAUACCGAAUUUCCUCAAGAAAGAUUCUGGUUCAGCGUUGGCGGUAUCCAACAGUGUCAUGGCUAUGGGGACACAUGCGGGAUUUGUCCAUAUGCUCGACAUGACUGGGCAGAGUAUACGGAGCAUUAAACCCCAUGUAGCCUCUGUAAUCGACAUUUGCAUGGACGAGACUGCGGAGUGGGUUGCAACUGCUUCACUCGAUGGUCAAGUAAGGGUCUACUCUACCGCAGAAACCUUCGCUUUCGAUCUCAAACGACCAAUGCGGGCCAUUUCUCUCGAGCCCAACUUUGCUAAGCGAAGUACUCGCGCGUUUGUCUGUGGUGGAAUGGCGGGAAACCUUAUUCUCUAUGAACGGGGCUGGCUCGGGCAUAAGGAUACCAUCCUACACACGGGAGAAGGUCCAAUAUGGGCCGUCAAAUGGCGCGGACGACUUAUCGCGUGGGCGAACGAUCUGGGUGUGAAGAUCUACGACACGGUUUCGCAGACUCGAAUAACAUUCAUCGAUCGGCCAAGUCAAGCCCCAAGGGCGGAUUUGUUCAAAUGCACUCUCCAUUGGCAAGACGAUUCGACACUUUUGAUUGCUUGGGCGGACCAUAUCAAAGUCGCGAGGGUCAGGGCGCGGCCAAGGACCCAAACAAGUUCGGCUGCAUCAGCGGGACUUCCCCCGCUAUUAGUGGAAAUCACUCUGGUGCUCAAAGUCGACUGCAUGAUUGCCGGUCUUGUGCCACAUCCACACUCUAUGAAUAUCUCCUCCCCAACCCCGUCAAUAUCAUCGGCAAACCCUGCUCAUCCACAAACCCAGACGCAGACGCAUUACCUCCUCCUCGCGUAUACCCCUCCCGACAUGUCCAUUUUCUCCGACGAACCCGUCCCAGAUCGGGCCCAACAAGCUCGGAAGUUGGCGGAACGUCCGGAAUUGCGAAUAAUUUCGCCUGGGGGAGCAGAGUUGGCAGCUGAUGCUCUUAGUGUCUCGGGUUAUGAGGACUGGGGCUGCAACGACUACGUGCUGGCCGAGGCGAGUGCGACAGACGACGCUGAGAAUAGAACCUAUGUUGUUCUUUCUCCUAGGGACAUCGUUGUCGUCCGCCGGCGGGACAGGCGAGACCACAUUGCGUGGUUGGUCGAAAGAAAGCGGUACGAAGAGGCACUGAGCGAAGUUGAGCGACUCGAGGCGGAAACGGGAGCUGAUGGUGGAAGCGAUGCCGUCAGUGCAGUCGAGAUUGGCCAGAGAUACAUCGAGCACCUCGUCAACGACGGUAACUUCGCUGCUGCAGCCCGGUUAACUCCGAAAGUUUGUGGACGGGAUGUAAACAGGUGGGAAAACUGGAUAUUCCUUUUCCAGCAGAAGAGGCAAAUGCAGGCAAUCAUUCCAUAUGUGCCAACUGACUCUCCCCGUCUUGACCAUCUCAUCUACGAAAUGAUACUGGCGCAUUUCCUGUCACACGACCGAACGAGCCUCUUGCAGACAAUUAAGGAGUGGCCAAAAGACAUCUACGAUAUUUCCGCGGUUAUUGUGGCGGUUCUUGCUGAACUUGACCGCACUGCUUCGACGUCAAAUCUGGAUAUUGCGGCAAUUUCUGCAGACAAGACCACGCUUAUGGAGUGUCUUGCGGAACUCUACGUUGCUAAUCGUCAACCGGGCAAAGCACUGACUUAUCUUUUGCGACUACGACGGCCGAAUGUGUUCGAACUUAUCAGGGAGAACAACCUGUUUACGGACGUGCAAGACCAGGCACUCCAGCUCGUCGAAUUCGACCACGAGUUGAUGGAGAAGCGGAAGCCUGAAGGACAGGAGAAGUCGACGGAGAAGAGUGAGGCAAUCCAGCUGCUGGUGGACCACAUACAUGCGAUUCCAGUGAGUCUUGACUCGUUUUUCUGCUACGCAAAUGGCAACCACCAAGUUCAGAUCGGCCGUGUCGUCGCUCAACUCCAAUCCCGACCAUAUUUUCUGUUCCUCUACUUAGAUGCGCUCAUGGAAAAGGAGUCGCACAUGGUAUCGGAGUUUGCCGAUGUUCAGGUCAAGCUCUAUGCCGAGUUCGCGACUCCCCGCUUGAUCGACUUCCUGCGGGCGAGUAACGAGUAUAACCUCGAGAACGCGUACAGAGUCUGUGAGGAGCGGAGCCUUGUUCCUGAGAUGGUUUUCCUGCUUGGGCGGAUGGGGAAUAACAGGCAGGCGCUGACGCUGAUUAUCGAGCGGCUGGGCGACGUGAAUCGGGCGAUCGACUUUGCGAAAGAGCAGAACGACGACGACUUAUGGGAGGAUCUGUUGAGGUACUCGGAAACAAGGCCCGCCUUCAUUCGUGGGCUGCUCGAGAAUGUCGGAGCGGAAAUCAGUCCGAUCAGGCUGAUCCGCCGCAUCAAGAACGGACUCGAAAUUCCCGGGCUGCAAGCUUCGCUAGUCAAGAUUCUGCAGGACUUCCACUUGCAAAUAUCUCUACUCGAGGGUUGUCAGACCAUCAUGAACGGCGAUAGCUCGGAUUACGCCAGGAAACUGCAGAAGGACCAAUCGGCGGGGUUCUUACUGACUGGCAAGUCGAUUUGCCCAAUGUGUACCCAACCAUUGGUCGAGACGCAUCAACGGCUGGUGAUAUUGUUCUUGUGUCGCCAUGUCGUCCACGCCUCUUGCACAAGCGGGGGUGACCGGCUACCACCACAGCCCGAUCCUGUUUUACGUGGGGCUGGAAUGGCCGACUCGUCGCCGUACAGCGUGGCGCGGGGCAUCAAUGGCAAGAUUGCUUUUGAGGCUGUUGUUCGGGCGAAGUUGGACCAGGGGUGUCCCGUGUGUCAUGAGGAGAGUGAAGGGGCGGUGUUAAGGGUACGGACGUAA